AUGUCCUGCUACGACCAGUGCCGGCCAUGCCAGCCCUGCCAGCCCUGUGGCCCGACCCCACUGGCCAACAGCUGCAAUGAGCCCUGUGUCAGGCAGUGCCAGAACUCCACCGUCGUCAUUGAGCCCCCUCCCGUGGUGGUGACCCUGCCCAGACCCAUCCUCAGCUCCUUCCCACAGAACACUGUUGUGGGAUCCUCCACCUCUGCUGCUGUUGGCAGCAUCCUCAGCUGUGAUGGUGUGUCCAUCAACUCUGGGUGCUCUGACUUCUCUGGCAUUUCCAGCUGCUACAGUGGCAGAAGGUGCCCCCCCCUGCUAAUUCCACUGGUAAGAGCCCAUACGAAGACCCCCAGGAACCUAGAAGCUGAUGCUGGACUGAGGACAAAGAUGCUGGCCAUCGAUUUCAGAGAGGCUGAGCAUCCAGUCCUGCCCUUCCAAAGGGGUCAGCUGCACCCUCUGAAAACAUGA